AGGAAGCGUGUUUUCAUGUCGGUGGCUAUUUACGAUCAAUAUCUUGUAUAUCAGGUGAAGGCCUUGAAAGAGAAGAUAGAAGCAGAAAGAGGAAAAGACAACUUUCCUGUAUCUGGGCAGAAGCUCAUAUACGCCGGAAAAAUCCUGCAAGAUGAAAAACCUAUUAAAGAGUACAACAUCGAUGAGAAGAGCUUUGUUGUAGUGAUGGUUUCAAAGGCUAAACCCGCAGCUGCCGCCUCGCCUCCGGCCUCAGAGGCACCCAAACCCCCUGUACAGGACUCUGGCUCCACAUCAACAGCUGUCCCGGCCGCAGCCCCGGCCCCAGCCCCGGCCCCAACCCCAGCAGCUGUCCCCACUCCCUCCGAGGAGGCCAAAGAGGAGCCAAGUGCCGCAGCCACAGAACCGCAACAACCAGCCAGCUCCAGCGGCGGGGGUCAGGGCCUGGACGCCUCCUCAGCGCUCGUGACUGGAGCCGAGUACGAGGCCAUGCUCACAGAGAUCAUGUCUAUGGGCUACGAAAGGGAGCGAGUGGUGGCCGCACUACGGGCCAGUUUCAACAACCCCCACAGAGCUGUGGAGUACCUCCUCAAUGGUAUCCCCAGCAGCCCGGUCCAGGAGAGUAAUCCCCCGGCCCAGGCCCCCGCGUCUGGACCCACAGAAGCCCCGUCUCUAGCAGAGGGAGAGAACCCACUUGCAUUCCUGCGCACUCAGCCUCAGUUCCUGCACAUGAGACAGGCCAUCCAGCAGAACCCGGCGAUGCUACCAGCUCUGCUCCAGCAGCUAGGCAGAGAGAACCCUCAGCUCCUACAGCAAAUCAGUCAGCAUCAGGAGCUCUUCAUCCAGAUGCUGAACGAGCCGGUGGGAGAGGGAGGAGAGGCGCCGGAGGUGGGAGAGAUGGGAGCAGCGGGGGAGGAGGGCGCGCCCGUCAACUACAUCCAGGUUACACCUCAGGAGAAGGAAGCGAUCGAAAGGUUAAAAGCGUUGGGUUUCCCCGAGGCGCUGGUGAUCCAGGCCUAUUUCGCCUGCGAGAAGAACGAGAACCUGGCGGCCAACUUCCUCCUGAACCAGGGACUGGAGGACGACUGAGCGGCGCCGCCUCCCUGCUUCUCCCCCCUGCCUCCCCCCCUUCAGCUCAGCGGAAAGACUGCACCCCCGAUUUACUGUACAGACACCGACCUCGGCUCCGCCCGGCGGGAGGGGAGGACGGGGGAGAGCGGGCG